ACCUGAUAUCAAGGCCUCGCCCUAGUCCUCCUCUGUUCAUGCGUGACUCGUUGGAAGGAAGUAGAAAUAAAUCGAAAACCCAGUAAAAGCUUGGCCACAAAUGGCCUAUAAUCAAGUUCCUGUAGAUCGUAACUGGUUGUAUGGCAUUUUUACAAGGAUAGAUGCAGAUAAAAACGGUGCAAUCACUGGGGAUGAAUUACAAAAAGCUUUAUCAAACGGUUCAUGGGCUCCUUUUAACCCAGAGACAGUCAGACUAUUUAUGGGCAUGUUUGACCGAGAUAAUUCGGGAACAAUAGAAUUCAACGAGUUUUACUCACUAUGGCAGUACGUCACAGACUGGCAGAAGGCAUUUCGAUCAUAUGAUACAGACAACUCUGGGACAAUUGAUAUAGAUGAGCUAAAGACGGCUCUGAGAAGUUUUGGCUUCAGGCUCUCGGAUAGAAUCUACUCAAUGCUCAUCACUAAAUUUGACAGAACUGGAAAUGGAGCAAUCCGAUUUGAUGAUUUUAUCCAGUGUUGUGUUGUCCUGCAGAUUCUAACAAAUUCAUUUAGUCACCAUGACUUUGCCAGACGAGGUGUGAUAACUAUUCAAUAUGAGCAAUUCUUAACUAUGGUUUUCAGUCUGAACCUUGGGAAGUGAAACAACGAAUAUCAGCAGCUAAGUCCUCAAUAUAACACUGCAUAGCUCUAAACCAUUACAAACUUGAUAUGGUUUACUAUAAGCUAGGUCUUUUUUUAUUAUGAGGAGCUUGGUCUUAAACGAGACUGACAGAGGCCUUGUUCAUACGCCAGACACCAUUUAAAAUGCAAAUAUCUGCAAAUGAACAAAAUGGAUUGUUUAGGCUAAUGUUCAUUUACAUUUGGAAUGCUACUUGAAAAAAUGGCAUCUAAACUAGGCCUUAAUUUGCUACACAUGAGACUGCUGUAUUGGCCUGUAUUGUUUUUACAGUAUUUGUUUACUGUCUCUAGUGUAAAUGAAGAAUAUAUUUUGCUAUAAACAAAUUGUUCCUUUAAACAUUUAAGCACUUAAGCAUUAAAACAGCACCCACCAGUGCAAUAUAGUGUGGUUUUGAACACAUAUUUGAUGUGCACACUUGUAUGGUUGGCCUGAUGAAAUUCAGCUGCCAGUUGGCUAGAAAAUCAAUCAAGUUAAUUAUAGCACAUGGCGUCAUAAUUGAGUCAGCUUCUUAACUGUGUUCCAGCUGAUGAGACUAGUGCAAGAGUGUUGUAUGUGCUAUUUUAAUGGGCCACUUAUUAUAUAACUAUCAUCUAGAUAUUUUUAGAAAUAAUUAAUAAAGCAUUUGAAAAAAACUUAUGCAACUCAAAUAAAACCGGUAAAGAAGA